GCAGCCCUCUCCAAGCCCUUUUGGUCAGGGACCCUGGAUGUCAGCAGAGUGGACUGUCCUUCUUUGGCUGGAAGGGUUGCUGAGAUCAAGUCUCACUGCACCCACUGCACAGAGGGGGAGACUGAGUCCUAAAGUAGGAGAGGGACUUGCUAAGGUCACCCAGAGUGUCAUGGGCAGAAAUGGGGCAAGGGCGCUAGGCCCUAGCCUCCUGCCUGUCACUUGUGGAACCGCUCCCCUCCCAGGCCUCUAGCCCGCCCCUUCCAGAGGGCCCUGGAAAGGGGACUGUCACCGGCAGCCUCACUGGGUACUGCAAAGCCUCACAGCAGGUCAACCACUUGGGAUCACAGCAGCCUGGCUGACGAGGCGAGGCCAGGAAGUGGGGAACCCAGACCUGUGAAGCUACUGACGCCCCUGUGCUCGCCCACAGACCACAAUGCUGCUGGGGGUGUCUCUUGUGGGACUGUUGCUGUUCUCCAAGCUGGUGCUGAAGCUGCCCUGGGCUCAGGUGGGGUUCUCCCUCCUGCUCCUCUAUCUGGGGUCCGGUGGCUGGCGCUUUGUCCGGAUCUUCGUCAAGACCGUCAGGCGUGAUGUCUUCGGCGGCAUGGUGCUCCUGAGGGUGAAGGCCAAGGUCCGGCGGUACCUGCGGCAGCGGCGGACGGUGCCCGUCCUGUUUGCGUCCACGGUACAGCGCCACCCCGACAAGACCGCCCUGAUCUUCGAGGGCACGGACACCCACUGGACCUUCCGCCAGCUGGACGACUACUCAAGCCGCGUAGCCAACUUCCUGCAGGCGCGGGGCCUGGCCUCCGGUGACGUGGCCGCCCUCUUCAUGGAGAACCGCAACGAGUUCGUGGGCCUGUGGCUGGGCAUGGCCAAGCUGGGCGUGGAGGCCGCCCUCAUCAACACCAACCUCAGGCGGGACGCCCUGCGCCACUGCCUGACCUCCUCCCAGGCCCGGGCCCUCAUCUUCGGCAGCGAGAUGGCCCCAGCUGUCUGUGAGAUCCACGCCAGCCUGGACCCUUCGGUCAGUCUCUUCUGCUCUGGUCCAUGGGAGCCCAGCUCAGUGCCCACCAGCACAGAGCACCUGGACCCGCUGCUGGAAGAUGCCCCCAAGCACCCGCCCAGUCGCCCUGACAAGGGCUUCACAGAUAAGCUCUUCUAUAUCUACACAUCGGGCACCACGGGGCUGCCCAAAGCUGCCAUCGUGGUGCACAGCAGGUACUACCGGAUGGCUGCCCUGGUGUACUAUGGAUUCCGCAUGCGGCCCGAUGACGUUGUCUACGACUGCCUCCCCCUCUACCACUCUGCAGGGAACAUCGUGGGAAUUGGGCAGUGCCUGCUCCACGGCAUGACUGUGGUCAUCCGGAAGAAGUUCUCAGCCUCCCGGUUCUGGGAUGAUUGUGUCAAGUACAACUGCACAAUUGUGCAAUACAUCGGUGAACUGUGCCGCUACCUGCUGAACCAGCCGCCCCGGGAGGUGGAAAACCGGCACAGGGUGCGCAUGGCACUGGGCAAUGGGCUCCGGCAGUCCAUCUGGACCGAGUUUUCCGGUCGUUUCAACAUCCCCCAGGUGGCUGAGUUCUAUGGGGCCACUGAGUGUAACUGCAGCUUGGGCAACUUCGACGGCCAGGUGGGAGCCUGUGGCUUCAACAGCCGCAUCCUGUCCUUCGCGUACCCAAUCCGGCUGGUACGUGUCAACGAGGACACCAUGGAGCUGAUCCGGGGCCCCAAUGGGGUCUGCCUUCCCUGCCAGCCAGGUGAGCCUGGCCAGCUGGUGGGCCGCAUCAUACAGCAUGACCCGCUGCGGCGCUUUGACGGCUAUCUCAACCAGGGUGCCAACAACAAGAAGAUUGCCCAGGAUGUCUUCAACAAGGGGGACCAGGCCUACCUCACCGGUGAUGUGCUGGUGAUGGACGAGCUGGGCUACCUGUACUUCCGAGACCGCACCGGGGACACGUUCCGCUGGAAAGGCGAGAACGUGUCCACCACAGAGGUGGAGGGCACACUUAGCCGCCUGCUGAACAUGGCCGAUGUGGCAGUGUAUGGCGUUGAGGUGCCAGGAACCGAGGGCCGAGCUGGAAUGGCCGCGGUGGCCAACCCCACGGGCGACUGUGACCUGGAGCGCUUUGCACAGCUUCUGGAAAAGGAGCUUCCCCUCUACGCCCGGCCCAUCUUCCUGCGCUUCAUGCCUGAGCUCCACAAAACAGGGACGUACAAGUUACAGAAGACAGAGCUGCGGAAGGAGGGCUUUGACCCUGCGGCUGUGAGAGACCCGCUGUUCUACCUGGAUGCCCGCAAGGGCCGCUACAUCCCGCUGGACCGAGAGGCCUACACCCGCAUCCAGGCCGGCGAGGAGAAGUUGUGAUUCACUCCGAGUCCCUCUCAGGGCCAGUGGAUGCUGCAUCCAGAACCCCAGCUCCUAACCCGGAGGGGUCCUGGGCAAUGCCAGACCAAAGCAAGCAGGGCCGGCACCUCGACUGUGAAGUGCUGACCCCUCCCCCUUCAAACUGCCAAGUGACUCACUGCCGCCAGCUGCCCCCGCCCCCAGCGGCUUUCUGUGAAAGCCUCAUGUCCACAGACGGCUUCAAGGCCAGGCAGGCAGGGCCCAGGCCAAGACUGACUGGGCCUCUCAGGAUGAUGUCUUGGGUCAGGCCAGGGGGAGAUGAGCGUCGCCAAGCAUUCCUCAGCAAGCCAGGGGGUUUGUAAAUGGGACCAGGGCAUUACCCCCUAGACUCAGGAAGCCAGCAGAGCGGGCAGGGGCAGAAGUGGCCGUGGACCAACUGGUCGAAGAGGACCCUGCCCCGGAGCUGCUCUAGUGUGUUCACCUCUGCCCAAGCCUCUAGGAGGACGGGACAGGGACCCGACCUGCAGCAGGCCGCCCGACUGAGCAUCCCCACUCUCUCCCGCCCUCCCCCUCGGUGGCUGCCUGGCUGUCCCUCAGUCAGGGCCUUUCUGUCUUUGUGGGUCUAUCCAUAUCACCUUUUCCAUCUCAGUCCUGAACAUGGCUUUGAGAGGAGGGUGGGGGCACUCAGGGGCCAAUAAACUCUGCCUUGACUCCCCCCA